UUCGGGUUUGGGUGACGCCUUCGGUUAGGAUUUGUCGGGAGUGAACCUCAACAACCUGGGUCUAUUUGAUCGAUUUAAGUAGCGAAAGCAGCGAGGAACAACCUUACCUUGCGCUAGGAAGCUGUGUUAUUGCUCGGGUUCCUAUCGAGUGUUAUUAUCGAGUAAUAAAAGUCAACCUAUACGAUUACCAACAUGUCGAAUGAUACGAUUACCACCCUCCGCGGAGGGUGUUUUGCGCCGUUCUUCAACGAGGCUAUGUUUCCUAUAGAUGGAGGACACGUGGAGGGACGAUUAUGCUCGCCUCUUGGAACCUUGAGUUGCUGUGUGCCAUGUCCUAUGACGGAUUGGGUUUACCCAGACAAUUUCAAUUCAGCAACGGCGGCCGCGAAUUGGGUCAAUGUCGUUGGAAUGGUUUGCUGCGGCUUCUUAUUGCUCUCCUGGCUUGUGCUUCCCGUCGAAAAGACACAUCGUCAUUAUCUCAGCAUAAGUCUCACUUUCGCUGUCGUCUUGAUGAAUUUGGGCUUUAUCAUUCCGUUGGCAGCUAAACCCGAACAAUGUUUCAACGAGAUCACUCCCCACGGGAUGGACACGAGCUCCGUAUGCGCCGCUUCGGGGUCUUUCCUACUUGCUGGUGGCUGGGCUGGGAUCAUGUGGAUUUUCCUAAGAGCGCUCUCUCUACAUCUCCAGAUCUGUUGGCAGUUGGUUGUGGGCCGAAGCUAUAUGUGGUUUUCUCAGGUGCUGGGCUGGGGCAUUCCCAUCAUCGGACUCAUCCUCCUCCUUCUCUUCAGCGGAGUUUCAUUUCGUUUCGGUGCUACCUGCCACAUUAAUCACGAGAACAGCUUGGCCGAUUUCUGGAUUCCGCUCCUGGUAUUCGCAGGCCUUACCGUCAUCAUACAGUUUGCCACCUUCGGAUACUGCAUCAAGGUCUAUCUCGCCUCUUUGAGUGACAACAGCGCCUCAACCGAGGGCUCUGGAAUGCCUUCCUAUACCAACAGUAUUCGUACUAUGACGCCCCGCCAAGCAUACCGACGAGUACGGCGUGUUAUUCAACUCCAAUGGCGUGGCAUCGUCAUUGUCUUAGUCAUCAUUGCUGAUGUUAUCUUCUUUGCCAUCAUCUUCGUUUUCUUAGAUACUACGGUGCAAUCGAUCAAGACCGACCCACAGAAGGCAUUGGCUUGGGCGGCAUGCCUUGUGGGAGCCCGUGGUGAUAAGAAUAAGUGUUUGGAUUUAGCUAAUAAGCUGGUGGUUAAUCUGCCGACUGUAACAGCCGUCCUGGUCCUCUUGGCGAUGAAUGGCAUUUGGUUGCUUUUACUACUUGGCCGCUGGUCAAUGUUCACCGGCUGGGUCGAGUUAUUUUCUUCUCUCCUUGGUAUUCAGACCAAAAAGGAAUUCGUGUCGGUGGAUGCUCGGAUAGAACUGAAGCAGGAUCCUCGGUCUUAUGAAAUGUUGUCUCGCGAUGCCGGUAAAACGGACCACGUGCUGACGCCGCUUAGCACAACCAUGUCCCCGACUGCGCAGGGCGGACGCCACACCCCCGACUACUUCGGCACGACUGCGCGAUACCAACCACACCAACGCUCGUUUUCGUCGCCUAGACCACCACAGCAGACGCACUGGGACACGUACCAACACGACUACCCUCCUCCAAUGCCAACCUCGCGACCAAUGGGCUACGAAGGGAUGAAUCCGUUAGCGAUGAACCGAAUAGAAAAGGAGGAGGAAGAUGAAUACACGACGCAGCGGUCACCAUACGGCCAACCGGGAGCAGCUGACUAUAGUCGCGACCACGUCUUCAUAUGAGAUUAUCGUUUUAUUUCCAAAAGUUAUACGC